CUAGAACAUACCUAUAUUAUUUUUGUAAGGAUAUUUAUGAAUAUUCUUGUGUAAUAUUUUAAACAUUUAUUUUGCUUAACAUUUCAGGAAUCCAUUCCUCUCUAGUAUUGUGAAUAUAUUUUGUUGAAAUUUAAGACUAGAAUUCAUUGUUUUGGAAUUUGUUUAAAUGAAAGUGGUGUUUUAUUACACUGUAAAAUUCGUGUGUUUAGGUGCAACAAAAGUCUUGUGUUGUGACAGUGAUAAAAUGUAAGAAUAGGUUACAGAUUUUUGUUAAGGAUGUAGAUAUGUUCAAAAGCAGAGAACAUUUCAUUACAUUGAUGCAUUACUACUGAAGCCUGUAAUACCAUUUAAUUGCUAUAGUAUUUCAUUUGCUUUUAUUUAUUUUUUUACCUUAUGUGAUGGCUAAUGUAUCUAGUGUUACCAUGCACAGGAUAUAUUUAAUAGUGAAGAGAGAAAAAAUGUGAAGCCUACAUACUGCCCAAGGACUGCAGAUUGCCAAUAGCAGUGAUGAGGAAUUGAAAUAGAGGGACAAGGUUUCACACUCGAGUCAAGGAUAUGUCAAUGGUUCUGUGGUGAAAUUUGAAACUGCGAAAAGAGAAACCGGUCGUCAGUGGGUGUUCUGUUAAUUGCGGAUUCCAGCUAUUCGUAGUAUCCCAGCUGUAUACGUUUUGCAACCCACUGCGGUUUACUGUAUCCACCUGACUCCUGCACUAAUGAUUUAUCAUGAAGCUCUAAUCCUGCCUUCCCCAUUGUUUCCAGAAACUUCACCCAUGAAGUUCGUUGACAAGGGAUUGCUGUACAUUUAAAAUGUCUUUAAAGGGAUAGAUGCAGAUACUUUUUCCAUGGACUGAAAGAUGCGAAAAUUGUCACUUUAGCGCUAGCGUCGAUUUAUGUAACCUAAUAGUCGGAGUUCUAUUCACGAUGAAUUCAGUACAAAGCAUGAAAGCGUAGUUGAAUUUAAUGUGAGUAAAGAAGGUUGUGUCAUGGCGGUGUGUGUAUGUUUUGGUAGUAAGUGCUUGGCAGCUUGAAUUAAAUACACGGUUUUCGAAAGCGAGAUGGCUACGAGCACGAAAAGCUCGAAGCCAUCAAAGACUGCAAUAGAACAGUUCUGUACUGUAACAGGGGCGUCAAAGGAAGCUGCAGAACAGAUGUUGGAAGUUUACAAUGGUAAUGUUGAAAUGGCCGUCAACAUGUUCUUGGAGGACCAAGAUGGAGCAUCUUCUUCUAGUCAUGUUCGGGACCCAAUUCCACCCCAGCAGGAGGUACUUGUUGACACAGCAGGAUUUCAGGGAAACUCUAGCAGAACAAAAAGAGCAGUCCAUUCUGUGUUUGACUCAUUCCGAGAUUUCCAAGUUGAAACACGUCGGCAAGAAGAAAUGAUGACAGGAUCUAAUGUGUCACCAAUGAAGAGAAGUUUGGAAGACUUGUUCCGUCCUCCAUUGGAUCUCAUGUUUCAUGGAACAUUCCAAAAUGCUAGAGAUGCUGGAGUAGCCCAUCAGAAGUGGCUCAUGGUCAAUGUGCAGAAUGUAUUGGAGUUCUCAUGUCAGAUUCUAAAUCGUGACAUAUGGUCAAACAAAGCCGUCAAAACUGUCAUCAAAGAGCAUUUUAUUUUUUGGCAGGUAUAUUUAGACAGUGCUGAGGGUCAACGGUAUGCUGCUUUCUACAGUGUGUCAGAUUGGCCAUAUGUAGCAAUUAUAGACCCACGCACAGGGGAAAGUCUAAGAGUGUGGAAUAAAAUAGAUGGGUCUUCAUUUUGUGAUACUCUACUGGAAUUUCUUUGUCGGCAACAGUCAAUGAGAAACCCCCAAAAGAGAGCCAAACUCUCUGUCUCUCCAUUGGCAGCUGAGGAUGCUCCAAAUGGCUUAGUUCAUACAUCAUCUAGGCAUGUUAAUGUACCUGAAAUCUCACCUCCUUCGGGGACCACCACUGCAGAAACUGAAACUGACUCAACUCCACCAAGCCAUGCUAUUCCAUUGGCUCUUGUAAAUAAGCCAUCUGUUUCUGGUUUGGCAUCUUCACCCUCCACUAGUGCAACACUGCCAUUAAAACACACUGCCAAUUCUCAGAAUAUUUGUAAGACUGAGACUUUUACUUCUGUACCAGCUACCCACACGCCAGCAGAAUAUGAUGUGCCUGCUUCAGAUUCUAAAUCCAUGUUGGAUGCAAAUGAGGAUGAUCAAAUUGCAGCAGCAAUUAAAGCAUCACUAGUAGAGAAAAUUGUCAAUGGAACUGAUUCAGCUAGUAGUGAUAAGUCCAAUAAGUCCAUUAAAAAUCAAGUUGACUGUUCAAGUUUAGAUGAAGAUAAAACUACUGCUGAUGAAAGUUGGAAGUCAUACCUUGGGACUGGUGAUGAAGUGAAGAUGAGCUUCCUUCUUCGUUAUCCUGAUGGGACAAGAGAACAACUAGUUAUUCCAGAAUCUGCUCAAAUUAGGGCUCUCACAUUAUAUGUUGCUUCCAAAGGCUUCUGCAAGAAAGAUUAUGAAAUGGUUAUAAACUUCCCACGGCGUGUUCUCUCUGAUAUGGAUGGGACCAUUGCAGUGAAAGAUUUAGGACUGCACCGGCAGGAAACAGUAUUUGUGCAGUUCCGAUGAUGCAGAAUGUGUCGGAAACCUUUGACAAGGGUUAUUAAAUUUAUCCUAGGGUGUUCAAAUUUCUGUACUCAAACCUCAUGUCUGAUCCAUCCUUCUUAUGAAAGAUAAUAAGUUCAGAAAGCAUACUAAAGCAUAAAAAAAGAUAAAGAGUUUUAUUAUUUAAAAAAGACACUAUUAAUAUUAUUGAAAUUAAGGAUUUUUUUUAUAGUUCCUAAUAUUU